AGAGGUGUAUAAAUAGCUCACAGCAACGAUGACAUGACAACAAUCGCGCCGCCCGCUCGCUCCGGACUCGUCCGAACUUGUCGCCGCGAUGCGCACUGCGAGCUGACCUCCUGCACGUGACAAGGUCACGCCAAUCUCGCCGUCAAAUCCGCGAGCGCUGAUUGGUCGACGCUGCGAUGUUGACACCCUCCGCCGCAGGCUGUCUGAGCGCGCUGGUGCGGGUCAGCACAUGUUGAGACUUGUACAGAGCGAGGUGCACCCUGCCACAUCCCAGCACCAGGAUAAAAGACACUUGGCAAAAUACCAUUAUCACUUUCUGAGGUAUUCGUCCGACAGGUAGCAGCCAUGACACUAUCCACGUCAUCACUUCUUACCCUCGUCAUGCUGGCAAUCGUGACGUCACCAAGCCUGGCCGCUGAGCAGACGGCAAACUCAGCGCAGCCCGGAUAUGACGCAGACAGCGCGAGGGUGGACGAUGAUUAUGGCGUCAGCGUUGAGCCCUGUCCACCAGGUCACUUCCUGAGUGCAGGUGAAGGUCAGGCCCCACAGUGUCAACUUUGCUCAACCUGUCCCACCAACCAGAUCAUCCGACGCAUAUGUUCGGCCCUCGAAGACACCGUCUGCGGUCCAUUCUACGAGUUCCACGACUUCCACCAGUCUCCUAACCACGGCGAUCCACCCGCUCACGCAUCAGGGUCAAGAUCGCAGCAGACGCAGGGGUCCGAUGAUGCAGCUCAUGGCGGUAGACGGCUGGAGCCGGAUAUGACGUCACUAGAUCCGACUAGAGACCAGUGGCGCCAUCUGACCCUAAUUCUCCUCACCUUCCUCUCCGUUUUCUGUGUCGUUGUUGUUGUUUUCGGCGUGAUCAUCUGCCGUCUGCGGAAACGGCAGCUGAGAGAAAAACAGAUUGUGUACGAGCCAGGCCUGCUGAUGAACCCUGAUGCAAGCUCGCAGGACACAGACACCAUCCUGACGUCACGUGACAAGAGCUGCUACACUUUCCACGCGCCGGUGUUUGGCGACAACACGGAGGACAGAAAGCCCUCGCACGACACUGGGCAUGCACCCGUCCUCACAGGACUGGGCCUACAUCCGAGUUACGGAGACCUCAGCCAGGUGUGACAUCGCAUGCGAAUACCCUGGGUGAUCGUGUGUACAUAAAGGGUGAUUGCGUGCAAGUCUUCUUAGGUCCUUGCGUCUCCAACGGGUCUCCGCAAAAGAGGAAAGAAAGAAGAAAACGAUCGUCGGAGCGCCAGAAAGAAGAAGGGAGAGCACUGAUCGAGUUCCUUGCAUCGGUCGUCGCUGGCGGAAUGGCUGUGCAUCAGGAUAGGCACGUGCUUCAAGAAUGUGCUAAUGAGGCUAUCUUCAAGAGGUCAUGGGGAGUGACGUCACGACUUGUGAGGGUCAAGACCAAGGUCAUGCUGGUCUAAACCGCUGACAGGGUCGAGGGCUCUCUGGUCGUGUGUGAUGAGGUCCUCCACCCAGGGGCGCGCCCACCUUUUGGGGAGCCAACUGGAUUCAGUUUAGUGAACGCUCAGCAGUAAGAACAAGAGGACUGGCUUCUGGAAGUGUACUGAAGUUUAUUGACAGAGAAAACCUCCAUCUUCUUGUUAGAACUCUAGGCACAGCAGACCAGAAACCCUGCCCCAUCUUUUUUUUUUUUUUGCCCGACACCCCCGGCCUUUUAAGAAAACAGGUAAGACCGGGAAGAUAGAGAUUUCUUUGACUGCGGGGUGAUAAAGUAACCAUAGAGUAGUGUCUGCUCUGUGUCUUUUCCGUACUCCACUGUCCGCCUUCAUCUGCUACUCCUGCAGCAACUGUCAGGCCACCCAGGAGGAGGACUGUCUACUGAACUCAGGCAUCCAGUUGGCGAGGCAGUCCAGGCAGGGUGCUGGUCGGCAUGGUUGGUACUCGUAGCGAAGGUAGAGGACAGACGGUUGGUUCAGUGUGAAAUUCAUUCUGUGAUAUUCUGUGUUUUCCUCCAGACUCUGUGUAGAGUGUUGUGUAGUCACUGUGUAGUGUGUUGUGUAGUCACUGUGUAGUGUGUUGUGUAGUCACUGUGUAGUGUGUUGUGUAGUCACUGUGUAGUGUGUUGGUUAUGUAGUCACUGUGUAGUG